GACCCAAACCGUUCAAUGUUGGAGUUGGUCUUUGCUCCUGUAGACGAAUGGAUUGGUCGAAGUGACACUGAAAUCAUCGAUGCAACUAUUGAAGAGCUAGCCAAGUUAUUUCCUAAUGAAAUUGCUGCUGAUCAGAGUAAAGCAAAGAUUCUUAAGUAUCAUAUUGUGAAGACACCGAGAUCGGUUUACAAAACUGUCCCAAACUGUGAGCCUUGCCGGCCUCUCCAAAGGUCACCUAUCGAAGGUUUCUAUCUAGCUGGUGAUUACACAAAGCAGAAAUACCUGGCUUCUAUGGAAGGUGCAGUCCUAUCCGGGAAGCUUUGCGCCCAGUCCAUAGUGCAGGAUUAUAGCAGGCUCGCACUCAGGAGCCAGAAAAGCCUACAAUCAGGAGAAGUUCCUGUCCCAUCUUAGUUGUACUUGGCUUUAGCUAUCGUCAUCCCCACUGGGUGCUAUCUUAUCUCCUAUUUCAAUGGGAACCCACCCAAUGGUU